CGCGAACUCACGUUUCGUGACGAUUCAGCAACCAUGGCGCGACGAUUAGUUGUCCUCAGUGCUCUCACGGCCACGUCGGCGCUCGUCGCGCCGCGGAGCCUGAGCCCCGCCACGCCCCGCAGCACCACUCCCACCAAUGCGCCGCGGGAGCUCGUCGUUUUGAAUAAUGACGGCGGCGGCAAGAUCAUGGGCGGCGGUUUUAAUGCGGCGGGCGAGCCGCCCAUCAAGAUCCGGGGCUUCUCCCUGGCCACGGCGGCGCUCGCCGCCGGCGCGCUCAUCACUUUAUCUAGUUUCGCCGCCUUCUUCACGUCGGGCGGCGGCGGCGGCACGGCGUCCGUGUCGUCGCUGGGCUUCAUCUACGGCAUCCCCACGCUGCUGGUGGGCGCUGCUUUAGCGUACGCCGAGCUGGAGCCGGUCCCCGUCACUUACGACGGUUCCGAAUCUAAAUUAGAAGCUCUAUUCGAGCGCAAGGCGAACGAGGCCAUGCGCAAGGUGAGGGAAGAUGUCACUAGACAUCGUUACGGCGACGACGCCCACUUGGACACCACCACGAAAGCUUUAGGGUUGGUCGAGCCCGGGCGACCCUACCCGAUCUUGCUCGAGGUCAAGUUGGGCGAGACGAGCAAGGGCGAGCUCUCGUACUCCAUGAUCUUCAACGCGCCGGAGGCCCCUUUUUCGUUGUGGGCCGACGAGAAACGCGUGCGCAAGUACGAGACCUUCUUCGGGCCGGACAUCGACGCCGAGGUUGUGAAAGUAGACGCCGAGAAGCGCGUCGUCGCCAUCGUGCUGGCGACGAACAGCGGGACGCCGGGUGCCUCGGGUCUGAAGGACGAGGAGGUCGCAGUCGAGUUCACGGGCGCGGUGCCCGACGUGCUCCCGGCGCGGAACCGCUCCUAGGCUUGUUGACCAUGGGGGUGGCGCUAAGAGGUGUUGAAUAACGAGUUUCUUUUA